UUUGGUUUUUUGUUGUGAUUGACCCGCGGCUGCACUCUGCCGGCUGUCAGCCGUCGUUCCCGCUUUAGCGCCGUCAUGGGGGAGGUGGUCCAGAUGCACUUCACCACGGUGGACUACGUCAUCUUCGCCUUACUGCUGGUGGCCUCGGCUGGGAUAGGUCUGUUCUACGCAUUCAGCGGCGGCCGCCAGCGCACAACACAGGAGUUCCUGAUGGCAGAUCGGUCCAUGAGCUGCCUGCCCGUGUCUCUGUCUCUGCUCGCCACCUUCCAGUCGGCUGUGGCCAUCCUGGGAGCUCCGUCUGAGAUCUACACUUUGGGACCCCAGUACUGGUUCCUGGGCUGCUCCUACUUCUUGGGCCUGCUGAUCCCAGCUCACAUCUUCAUCCCCGUCUUCUAUCGGCUGCGGCUGUCCAGCGCCUACGAGUAUUUGGAGCUGCGCUUUAAUAAGACGGUUCGGAUCUGUGGGACUGUGACCUUCAUCUUUCAGAUGGUUAUUUAUAUGGGCGUGGUUCUGUAUGCGCCGGCCUUGGCCCUGAAUGCAGUGACUGGCUUUGACCUGUGGGGGGCAGUGUUGGCGAUGGGAUUGGUGUGCACUCUGUACACGGCUCUGGGAGGCCUGAAGGCGGUGAUUUGGACAGACGUGUUUCAGACGGUGGUCAUGUUUGCAGGUCAGCUGGCGGUCAUUGUGGUCGGAGCCCAUCAGGCGGGCGGCAUUGCUGAGGUCUGGAAGAAAGCCAUUAACGGCAGCCGCAUCGCCGGCCUGGACUUGAACCCUGACCCGCUGGAGCGCCACACAUUCUGGACCUUGGGUGUGGGCGGAGUCUUCCUCAUGCUGGCCCUGUACGGGGUUAAUCAGGCUCAGGUCCAGAGGUACCUCAGCUCCCGCAGCGAGAAAGAAGCCAUCAUGUCGUGCUACGUUGUUUUCCCGUGCCAGCAGAUCGUGCUGUGUUUGGGUUGUCUGAUGGGUCUAGUCAUGUUUGCCCGUUACGGCGAGGAGAGUCCCCUGGACAAAGGCUACGUCAGAUCCAACGACCAGAUGGUUUUGUACUUCGUGAUGGAUGUCUUCAGGGACCUGCCUGGACUUUCGGGUCUGUUUGUCGCGUGUCUGUUCAGCGGCGCUCUCAGCACCAUCUCAUCAGCUUUUAACUCCCUAGCAACAGUAACUAUGGAGGACCUGAUAAAACCUAAUUUUCCAGCCAUGACUGAAGCCAAAGCCACGCUGCUGUCCAAGAGUCUCGCAUUGGUGUACGGGUUGGUGUGUCUUGCUAUGGCCUACCUCGCCUCUGUAAUGGGAUCUGUGCUGCAGGCGGCCUUCAGCAUCUUCGGGAUGGUGGGCGGUCCCCUUCUGGGUCUCUUCUGUCUGGGAAUGUUCUUCCCCUGGGCAAACUCCAUCGGCGCGGUGGUUGGACUUGUCGCGGGCCUCGUCAUGGCCUUCUGGGUUGGCAUUGGAAAUUUUGUGAUGCGUAUGUCAAGCUCCACCCCAAUUCCUCCACUCAACACUACUGCCCCACCCCUUUUUGACAACAUGACGACCGCGGUGACCACACUGGUCGACUCACCUGUGACCAGUUCCAGGCCGACUGGUGUCCAGGCACUUUACUCGCUGUCCUACAUGUGGUACAGUGCUCACAACUCCACCACCGUGGUGCUGGUGGGUCUGCUUGUUAGCCUUGUCACAGGACCAAUGAAGGAGAAGGAGUUGACCCCCGGUACGGUCUACCCCGUCCUGGGCAAACUGUUUUUCUUCUUGCCUGAGCACUACAAGGAGAAGUUGUGCUGCAUCACGCCGUUAGCUCAUAAGGCCACAGCUGUCGGCACACCGCCGUAUCAGAUGGCUGAGAAAGAGAGCAACGGCGCCACCUACUGCAAAGAGGGGAAAUUCAUCGAAGGCAAAGAGCGAGUGCAAACGGAGGAGAAAGAGGCGGAGUCAGAGAGAUCCCCGCCCUCCUGUCAGCUGAUGGCUCACACAGUUCAGGAAACGGCUCUAUAACUUAGAUAUGAAACACACACACACACACACACACACACGGUCCAGCCUGAGUUUCUUCUUCUGUUUUCUGAUUGUUGGUGUGACAUUGAUGCUAAGCAACAUGCUGGGAAAAGUUCAGAAUGUUCACCUUAAUGUCUGCAGGCAGUGCUGCCAUCUAGUGGCUGCACACAGUAACGUCUUUGAUGCCGUGACAGAGACACCGCUCGAACACAUCAGACUCGUGUCGAUGUAUUUGACCUUUAACCCUGAACUGCGCCAUAUUGCUUUAAUCAUCCCGACAGUUUAACGUGAAAUUAUGGAAACGAUGAGAAUAAAUUCACAACAAAUAUAAAUGCAUCUAAACCUGAAAUGGUGCAGGACGUCGCAGUAAAACUGUAAAAUAAGAGAAUAUUUUUGUAGAAUUAUUGUAUUUUUGUGCAGCAGAAUGAAUUUAAGGAGUCAUAUGGGAUUGGACACUUUGUACCAUCAUCACUCACUAAAUAAAGACGAAUCUCUGACGUUUUCGAGCCAGAGUUUAAAAAAACUGGGAAAGCUGCUGAACACACACGUCUGUUUGUCCAGCGACGUCUGUGUGUGUUUUCCAAAAUCAGACCAGAUAAAUCUUGUUUCCUAAAGAUCCUGGAGGUGAUGUCAGGCUGACAGGCCCCGCCCCCUGAGCGUGUGGUAGUUAGAUGUUGUCAUAGUAACAGCGAUGUGAGUGAACCGUUAUCACUGUCUGAGCAGACGAAUAGCGACCAUCAGCGUGUAAUGCAACAGCCUGUCAUCCUUCUGUCUUGUCUUGGUGGCUUCCCUCA